AUGCCGGAGGAGUGGUGGCCAUUUUCUUGUGGCUCAGCGUCUGUCCACAGUGUGCGGGGGCUCCCAGGAUCCUCUCUGCUUCCUGCUCCACACUUCUGCUGUGGGGGGGAUUGGGGGUUGUUGUUGUGGUGGUGGAGGUGCGAUAGUCUGCAGGAUAUCAGUCUGACCGACCGCGGAUGAUGGAUGAACAUGAGGAUGAGAUGGCCACCAAGAUCUUACACCUCACCCUGGAGAUGAUCUGCUUCCUGACUGGAGAGGACUGCACCGUAGUGAAGAAGAAAUCCGGUGAACAUGUGACCCGCAGUACUCGUCCCUGUGUGUUAGGAGUACGGAGCAGCCCCAUGAAGAAGCCUCCACCGAACUCGCAUAGGAGAAACAAUGAGCAAAAGAUCCUGCUGGAUCUCACCAACAAGAUCCUCGAGCUGCUGACUGGAGAGGUUCCUAUAAGGUGUCAGGAUGUGGCGGUCUAUUUCUCCAUGGAGGAGUGGGAGUAUGUAGAAGGACACAAGGAUCUGUACCUGGACAUUAUGGAGGACCCCCGGCCCCUCACAUCACCAGAUGUUCCUGAGAAAACUUUGUCCCCGUCUCCAGAGUCCAUAAAGAAGCCGGUCAGAUCCCUCAGACCGAAUCCGAUGAGUAAAACAACGUCCAUGAAGGACAAAUGUCUCCCCGAUAGAGAACAUGUAGAUGACACCAGUUGUAUAUCCAUUGAAGAUGCAGAAGUCUAUCGGUCUACUGUCCUCGAAAAGGACCCAGAUGUACAGAUCAUAGAGGACGAUAUUCAUGUACACGCACGUCGCACACAGCACGCGUCUAGUAUGGAAGAAUCCAUUUCAAGUCUUGAGGGAAGUCUUGUAGAUGUCCAGGUCAAUACUUAUCCAUCUAUCCAUAUAAAGGAGGAAUCGUCUUGGGAUGAGGACAACACUAUUUAUAUACCCACGGAUGACAUUGAAUAUCCAUCUGGUCAUAUUAAGGAAGAGCUGGUCUCAUGGGAAGAAGGAGAGAACCUCAGCAACGAGAUCUAUAUCCCCUCCGAGAUAAUGCAGCAAUAUCUUUCUAACCAGAUAGGCAUCGACUCGAUCUCAUUCGAAGAGUUGGCCAAACACGGCUACAACCAGUUUCCCAAAUAUCAAAGAGCUCCUAUGGGUGAGGCCCUGUACGAAUGUACUGAGUGUGGGAAAUAUUUUCUAAACAGCACUCAGCUUGUCGUCCAUCAGAGAUCGCACUGCAGACCCAAGUCCUACAACUUCCCUGAGAAGAACAAUAUGGGGCAUCAGGGGAAAUUUCACUACAACAAGCUACCCUUCCAGUGCCCGGAAUGUGGUAAACAAUUCCUUGAGAAGGGAAAGUUAGUGCGCCAUAUAAAGUCUCACACGGGGGAGAAACCUUACGCAUGUUCACAAUGUGACAAAAGAUUCCUCGAAAAUUGGAAGUUGAUCCGGCACCAAAAAACGCACGUGGCAGAGAAGGGCUACUGCUGUUACGAAUGUGGGAAACAGUUUCCGGACAAGGUGAAGUUAGUCAACCAUCAAAAAAUUCACACAGCAGCAAACAGUUUUCUAUGCUCUGAAUGUGGAAUAGACUGUAUGGAUAGACCGUCGCUUCGCGCCCAUCUGAUGGCGCACACCGGAGAGAAACCGCACGAGUGUUUGGAAUGUGGACAACUGUUUGCUUACAAGUCCUCACUCUCUGAACACAAGUUGAUUCAUUCGAGAGAACAUCUCUAUGUCAAGUCUGAAUGUGAUCAGUUCAAUGACUUUCCAGAAACUUCCGAGACCAAGAAAGAGAAAAUCCAUGAGUGUUCUGAAUGCGGGAAGUGUUUUUCGAGCAAUUCUUUACUUGUCAUCCAUCAAAGAUCUCAUACAGGGGAGAGACCAUUCAGAUGUUCUGAAUGUGGCAAAUCUUUUGCCAUCAAUGCUCAACUUGUGAAGCAUCUAAGGACUCACACAGGAGAGAAGCUAUUUGAAUGUUCCGAAUGUGGGAAAGGCUUAUCGUCAAACGCUGAGCUUGUUUCCCAUUGGAGAAUCCACACCGGAGAGAGACCUUAUAAAUGCAGCGAAUGUGAAAAAUGUUUCAGCAUGAAGGCAUCGUUGACAGAGCAUCUAAGAAUUCACACAGGGGAGAAACCUUAUCUAUGUUCUGAAUGUGGAAAAUGUUUUGCAGGGAAGUCAACGCUGCUUAAACACAAAAAGAUCCACAAAGAAGAAAAGGAACACCUAUGUUCUUAUUGUGGGAUGUGUUUCAUGGACAGGGCCUCCUUAGUCACACAUAAGAGAACUCACCAGAUAAUGGACAAGGAGGUCAAGCUCUACAUAUGUUCUGAAUGUGGGAGAUGUCUACGGCACAAGUCUUCCCUAGUGAUACACCAGCGAAGUCACACAGGGGAAAAGCCAUUUGCUUGUCUAGAAUGUGGAAAAUGUUUUAUAAGCCAGUCGAAGCGGGCGGCCCAUCGGAGAAUCCACACUGGAGAGAAACCCUACGAGUGUUCUUUGUGCAGGAAGAGGUUCAGACUUUCCUCGCACCUCAGUAGACAUAACAAAAUCCACAUGCAGAAGAAAUAACUUGGAGAGAGGAUCAAACCUGGUUCCAUGGACUGGUCAGACAUCUAGAAGAAAAGCCGUCUGGACUAUAACCCUACGUGAUGUUUUCUGGAUGUUCACCAAGAUCACGUGUGAUCCUUCAAUGUUCCAUUAAGGAGACACCUCCUGUAGUAGGUCCAGGCUCUUACUAGAUUAGAUGCUGAAGUAGUGAUAGAGACGUUCGGGCUGUGUUAGAGAAUCUCGGGCUGUGAUAGAGACGCUCAGGUUGUGAUAGAGACGCUCGGGCUGUGAUAGAGACGCUCGGGCUGUGAUAGAGACGCUCGGGUUGUGAUAGAGACGCUCGGGUUGUAGGACUUUAUCACCCAUGAGGUGGACGGUGAAACUUGAACUCUUGACCAUCGUAGAAGGAAUCGCCCGUCAGUUGAAGGUUUUUAGCUUCUUCAGGGGGACGAUCCCGGUGAAUGGUUUCUAUUGUACUGUACUUUUGCCUCUUGAUGUAUAUACGAGUUACCUGAGAUGACCCCGUAUCCUCGUCCUGCGGGAUGGGUCGGAGAUGACAACACCCUGUUAAUACUAACUCUACUAAAACACAUUUUUAUGUAACGUAAUAAAUAUACAAUAAAAACCUGAAGUUUCUUCUCCAGGG